AUGGAUUCAUUCCAAUUGUACUUUGUGCAGUGUUUGAAUUAAGAUGAAAAAAUUCUAAUUUGUGGAGAUGUAGCCAGAGCUAUAUAAAUUUGGAAAGUACGAUGGGAAUAAAAUUAAUUAACAUAUUUAAAAGGAUUAAACCGAGAUUCUGCAAGAGUUGCAGCCUUAAGCUUGAGUCCAUCUGAUAAAACAAUGGCUAUUUGUGGCACUUUCAUUGAGAUGUGGUAAAAAGGAAAUUCUGAUAAAUGGGUUUUCAGACAUGUUGUUAAACCAGCUAGCAUCUCAUAAUCUGGUCAAAAAACUUAAAUUUUUAACAGAGAAUUAAUUUAUAAUGGAUACCUAGAAUACUUUGAUUUCUUAAGUGUAUUUGAAAUGGAAGAUGGAAUUUCUGAGAAAAACUAGAUAAGCAAUUUUAAAUAACAAAAACACUUAUAUAUAUUUUUCAACUAUUAGCUGCACCCAACUCUAUUUACAAUAAAUUAUGAUUUAUAAAUCGUCAAUUUAGAAUCAAAACAAUAUUCUAUUUCCAUUGUAUCUUUAUCUUAAAUUAAUGGAUAUUUAUAAAAAUACUAAUUAAAUUUAAAAGCUUUUAUUAGAUAUAUUAAUUUAAUAGUAAUAUUCAUUCAUAUUUAGUUAUAGUGA